AUGAAGUUCCUCGCCUUGGCAACCACCGCCCUUCUCUCCUCCACCGUCGCUGCACGGUCCAGCAUCUUCGGCGCCAGUGUAGGCGGCGACAUCACUCCCAAUGUCGAUGGCAGCCUAAGCGUCCCAGGCGACAACCCCCUGCAGCAUUGUCAGGACCCGAAAGACGACAUCCUCACGAUCGAGAACGUGGACAUCUCUCCCAACCCACCUAAAGCGGGUGAAACGCUCAAAGUAACCGCAAAGGGCAUCCUCUCCCAAAACGUCACCGACGGCGCCAAAAUCCACCUCAGCGUAAAAUACGGCCUCAUAACCAUAAUCCGCCAAACCGCCGACCUCUGCGACACAGUCAGCAAGGUGGACCUGACCUGCCCCCUGCGCAAAGACAAGGAGACCAGCCUAUCCAAAGAAGUCGACCUACCCAAGGAGAUCCCACCGGGAAAAUACACAGUAGUGGCUGAUGUGGUGGCCGCGGACGAGAAGACGAAGAUUACGUGUUUGACGGCUGCUGUGGAGUUUAAACGGGGUGGCGGGGUAGUGUUUGGGGGGUUUCAGAAGGAGGGGGGAAAUAAGGUGGGGUUGUAA